AUGGCCGUGGGGGCCCCCCUGGGGGCCCCCCCGGGGGGCCCCCCGGGGGGCCCCCCGGGGGGCCCCCUGGAGGGCGAGGGGGGCCCCCAGGCGCGGUUUGCUGCGGGGGUUUCUGCUGCGCAGUUCGCAGAACUCAAAACUCUGCUGCUGCAGGCAGCAGCAAACUGCAGCAGAGCAGCAGCGCAGCAGCUGCAGCUCCACUUGGCCCUCAUGGGCUUCGAGCCUUCCCUCGACUUCCUCCAGGACUCCGACCCCGAAGAGGGCCCCCCGGGGGCCCCCCCGGGGGCCCCCCCCCUGGGGGCCCCCCCGGGGGCCCCCCCUCCAGGGGGCACCCCGG